CGGCAGUGAAUCGAUAUGAUUGCGGAUGAUAUCGAUGCUAGUUGAAUCGCUCGGUGCUCUACUGAUGAUGCCUGUAUUCACCACACGUGGGGCAUGCGCAAACAUGGCGGCGCCCAGUGGAGAUGUUGAAAUCGCCACUAAAAAGCCGACAGUGAAAGGCCCGAGGAGGGUUGCGAAUCAGAUUCCUGAUGAGAUUCUCAAAGACCCUGAGCUUCAAGAGGCAGUUAGUGUUCUGCCUUCCAACUACAAUUUUGAGAUCCACAAAACAAUAUGGAGAGUGAGACAGGCGAAAGCUAAAAGAGUGGCUUUGCAGCUUCCAGAGGGGCUACAGAUGUUUGCCUGUGUGAUCGCUGACAUUAUCGAGAGGUUUACAGGAGCUGAUACACUGGUUAUGGGUGAUGUGACGUACGGAGCCUGCUGUGUAGACGAUUUCACUGCCCGCGCUCUCGGAGCUGACUUCAUGGUUCACUACGGACACAGCUGCCUGAUUCCCAUAGAUGCCACGGCAGGGAUCAAGAUGCUCUAUGUGUUUGUGGACAUCCAGGUGGACACAGCUCACUUCCUGGACACACUCCGGUUCAAUUUCCCCCCAGGACACUCCCUCGCUCUCGUCAGCACCAUCCAGUUUGUGGCAGCACUACAGGCGGUCAGUGCAGAGCUGAGGCCGGAUUACCAGGUUCUUGUGCCUCAAUGUCGGCCGCUGUCUCCGGGAGAGAUCCUGGGCUGCACCUCCCCUCACCUUGAUAAGCACGUCAAUGCCAUCAUAUACCUUGGGGAUGGAAGAUUUCACUUAGAAUCAAUCAUGAUCGCCAAUCCAGAUGUCCCAGCUUACAGGUAUGAUCCGUACAAUAAGGUUUUCUCUCGGGAGCAUUAUGACCACAAGGCCAUGCGCACCAACAGAAUGCAGGCCAUAGAGACAGCACGCUCUGCCCAGAGAUGGGGUCUGAUUCUGGGCACGCUGGGUCGCCAAGGAAAUCCCAAAAUCUUAGAGCAUUUGGAGGAGAAACUGAAGGCACUUGGCAGGUCAUUCACCAGGGUGCUCCUUUCGGAGAUCUUCCCGAGCAAGUUGGCGCUGAUGAAAGACGUUGACGCAUGGGUACAGAUCGCAUGUCCUCGACUGUCAAUCGAUUGGGGCACGGCAUUCUCCAAGCCUCUGCUGUCUCCCUAUGAGGCAACAGUGGCUCUGCAGCAGACACGAUGGCAGGAGGUGUAUCCCAUGGACUUCUACUCCAAUCAGAGCCUGGGGCCUUGGACCCCUAAUCACCCAGACAACCAGCCCCAGCGGCCCACACGCAAACAGAAGAAGGCAGACUCACACUGUGAGCGCACGGUCCCCUGUGGCUGCCAGCCCGAAUGAACAGCACGCUCACACAGCAGCAGCCAAUCAGUGCUCAGCCUUGCCGUCUGCGGGAAACAGCCAAUCACAGGCCUGCGUGCGCCUCUGUUGUCAGAGCAGUGGGGAUAUGGGCACACACAAAGCACUACACCAAAUCCGCCCCUCUCAGAAUACAGCAGAGAGUGGUUCUGUGUGCCGGUGUGUCUGUGUGUGUGUGCGUUUGUAUGUGUGUGUGUGUGUGUGUGUGUGUGAGAGAGAGAGAGAGAGAGAGAGAGAGAGAGAGAGAGAGAGAGAAGGAUAGCAAUGACCCUCAGAGCACAUUGUUUGUUUCAUAUUGCAGCAUGUGGGUGGCUUGUUAAAUGUAAUCUUCUUGUCUCUGUCCUAGAAAGAUCCUGCCAGACACUUUACAUUGUUGACCUUCAUCCAUUUGAUUGAAAGGAAAAAUUGCAUUGCUCUGAGCAAAACAAUACACUUUUCCCUUUUAGUUCCGUCAUCCAUGGUUGUGUGACACAAAUUGCAGAGCGUGUCAAAGCAUGUUGCAUUAUGUGCUUUUUACCAAACACAAUAUUUCAUGUCCAAAUCCAAAUUAAAUAUUGGAACUGCC